UCCCUACCACUCACCUUGCCGAGCUCCUUCAGCCCGACUUCGACUUCUCCUCCACCACUAACAAGAUGAGCAACGCAACACUGGCUGCUGCAAGGCAGGCCUUCCGUAGCACAGCCACCUCUACCGCGAGUCGGCGAGGCUUCGCCAGUGCGAGCAGGCUCCAGGUGAGCUAUGGCUUCAUCGGUCUUGGACGAAUGGGCUACCCAAUGGCUCAAAAUCUCCGCGCCAAAAUCCCCGCCAGCGACACCAUGUUCGUCCACGACGUCAACGCCUCCAUCGUCGAGCAAUUCGCCUCGGAACACAAGAACGUGACCGCUGCAAAAGACGUCCGCGAAGUCUCCGAGAACGCAACAACAAUCAUCACCGUCCUCCCCGAACCACACCACGUUCAGAACGUCUUCCGAAACAUGCUCCAACCGCCAACCCUCAAGUCCGACGCUCCCAUCCGCGACGACCGCCUCUUCAUCGACUGCAGCACCAUCGAUGUCCGCUCCUCCGCCACAGUCGCCGAAGCAACACACUGUUCCGGACAAGGAAAAUUCGUCGACGCUCCCAUGUCCGGCGGUGUCGUGGGUGCAGCAGCGGGCAAGUUGACCUUCAUGGUUGGCGCCGCGGACGAUCAGAUUGAGCGGGUGACUGAGGUACUCAGCAUGAUGGGCAAGCGCGUGAUUCACCUCGGUCCGCAAACGAGUGGGUUGAAGGGCAAGCUGGCGAACAACUACCUCCUCGCGCUGAACAAUAUUGCGACCUGCGAGGCGAUGAACAUGGGCGUGCAGUGGGGAUUGGAUGCCAAGGCGUUGGCGGUUAUGAUCAAUACGGCCACGGGCAAGUGCUGGCCGAGCGAGGUCAACAACCCCGUGCCGGGCGUGAUUGAGGGAUCGCCGGCGAGUAAGGGAUACGCGGGUGGGUUUGGCACCGCGCUGAUGCUGAAGGAUCUCAAGCUGGCGAUGCAGGCGGCCACAGAAGCAGGGAUUCAGCCGAGACUGGGCGAGCAGGCGAGGGAUAUCUACGCGGCGGUAGAGAGCGACGAGGAGCUCAAGGGCAAAGACUUCUCGGUGGUGUACAGGUAUAUUGGAGGAAAGGAUGCGUACUAG